GAUAACUGCAGUUCUCGCACUUCUCGUUGGCCUUGCAGAAUUGUAAACAAACGUGUGAUCGUAGUUCCACCAAGGGACGAACCAGGCCAGUCCCUCGAAAAACCAACACAGAUACACGAGCUGUAAGCUUCGAGAAAGAAUUUUUGGGAGAAAACGCCUUGUUACAGCGAUUUUAGCGGAGUCAAAGCGAAGACGCGACUGAGGGACAUUAACUGGAAUACGAGUGAUAAGCCAGCUAACGUUAGCUGGCAGACGCUUGUACAGUCUUGAUUGCCCUCAUCAGGACCCAGCCUAAUUCAGGAUGGUGUAUGUUGGGGCGCAGCUGGGCGUAUUGGUGCUAGUCUUAUUCUGCACUAUGUCGCCGUCUCCUGGUCAGGCAUAUAUAUAUGCUCAUUACAGUAACAUGACCUCCAUGCUGUUUGAGGAUCUGCCUGCUCUCUUCGGCCCUACUCUGCCAAAAGACGGACUCAGGGGUGUGCUGGUUGAAGCUCAUCCUCAAAAUGCUUGCACACCUAUAGAUCCUCCUCCAGUUUCUCCCACACCCUCCGAUCCCAACAGCACUACAAAAUACAUUGUCCUUAUCCGACGCUAUGACUGUAACUUUGAUAUCAAGGUGCUCCAUGCACAGCAGGCCGGUUUCAGUGCAGCCAUAGUUCACAACAUGUACUCUAAUUCACUUCUCAGUAUGGGAUACAGCAAUGACACCAUUGCGGAGGAGAUCGAGAUUCCUUCUGUGUUCACAAGCUACUAUGCCUCUCAGAUACUGCGCACCUUUAUCAUACCAGAGAAAGGGGCUUACGUGAUUCUAAAGCCUGAGUUCUCUUUCCCUCUGACCUACUAUCUCAUCCCCUUCACUGGAGUUGUUGGCAUGAUCAUCAUUGUCAUGGUCAUCAUACUGAUUGUGCGGUGCGUGCAGCACAGGAAGAGACUUCGCAAAAACAGACUCUCCAAAGAACAGCUGAAGAAAAUCCCCACUCACAAGUUUGUUAAAGGCGAUAAUUAUGAUGUGUGUGCGAUCUGCCUUGAUGAAUAUGAAGAGGGAGAUAAGCUGAGAGUGCUGCCCUGUUCCCAUGCUUACCACUGCAGGUGUGUGGACCCCUGGCUCACCCAAACUAAGAAAACCUGCCCAGUGUGCAAGCAACGUGUGACCCGUCCCAACCCAGAGUACUCCGAGUCUUCAGAUUCUGACGGAGAGUCAGGGCCACACGAGGCUGAAGAGGAAGGAGUGACCAGCGAGGCUGAUUCAGAGCGCACACCUCUCCUUCGGCCCUCCAACCCCUCGUCCCCCGCCUCCUCCAGCCCGCCUCCCACUUACGCCUCCACAGUAACGUCAGAGGCAGCCGUCGCUACAGUAACAACCGCCGCAAAGUGCUUGCCGCACGCACCGCAGCCUGACGUGCCCCUGCUGGGAUACGAUGAGUACUACUCACCCGUAGAGGACUCGGAUGAAGGUACUGAUGAGGAGGAGGGUCACCCCUCAGAUAGCGAUACCGCAGAGCUUAUCGGACGGGGUGCUGUGCGAGUCUGAGGGGUCAAUUAAAAACAGCUUUGGUUGUUAUAGGGUGUGUUUUCUCUGUUGUAUAUCACAGAGCUCAUAUUUAGCGCACUCCAGUCUCGCUGAGAUAUGCAUCCACCUAGCUAGUGCGAUCAACACUACACAGCAAUUUUUCUUUUCGACCCUAAAAUUUGGUCCAUGUCCAAAUAGAAGUUAAACGUAACUUUUUGUCGUCAAGUGAAUGUAACGGUUUCUUAACAAAAUAGUCCAUCCAUAAAUAAAUUAGAACAGAUAAUUUACUCGCCCUCAUGUGAUUGCAAACCAAUAUGGAUUUCUUUCUUCCCUGAAAACACUUUCUAGCAAUAAGCUGAUUAGUUGUGCUUGGUUAGGGAGACUUACAAAACACUGUUCUACAAGACAACAGCAACAAAAAAAAAAACCCACUGUCAAAGCUGUACACGUGUAAAGCCUGAAUAUGUGGAAGUACAAAUGAGAUUUUAAAGUUGCGUUGUGUUGAAUGAUGAUGGUUCACACAAAAAUCAAACAUCUUUCAUCAAUUACUCAACUCUUGUGUCGUCCCAAACCCAUAAGACUUCCAUUAAUCUUUGAACACAAACACUCAUCUGUUGAAAGUCCAUGCAACCAACAAUUUAAUGCAUUAAAAACAUUCAAAAAAGACAUCAUAAAAGCAAAAUCAGUCAGAAUAUAAAAUUAAGUGUAAUUGAAGUCUUCUGAAGAAUUUAUUUGAUGAACGGACUAAAUUUAGGCUUUUUCUCAUACACGCAUACAUAGAGAAUAUCAAAAUAUGGUAAACUCAACUGUACUCACAUGGUGUGUAUAGACAAACCUCACUGAUUCUUUCGUGUCAAGCAAGUAUAACUGAGUUUUCUUUUACCAUAUUUUGAUGUUGUCAUGUAAGUGUUUAUUAAAAUUUAUAUGUGAAUAAAAUCCUAAAUUAAAUCAGUUUGUUAUAUAAAGUGACUUAAAGACUAAACUGAUUAGGAGUUCAUAUGGAUUCCUUUUAUGACCUUUUUAUGAACUUGUUGAAACUUGAAAGUUUUGGGUCAGUAGACAUUCAAUUGUGGGACAGAAAUCUGUCAAGUUUCAUUUAAAAUAUCUUCAUUUGUGUUUUGAAGAUGAAUGAAAGACCUAUUGGUUUAGAAUGACAUGAUAGUGAGUAAAUGAUAACGAUUUAAAUUUUUAGUUGAACUAUCCCUUUAAAUUCUGCUUUGUUCCUUGCACAAAGCUGUCAUAUGACUUCACGAGAUGUAGAAUGUAGCACAUUAAUCACGUGGAUUAAUUUAAUGGUGAUUGAUUGUCAUUUUGGGAGCUUGGUCAGCUUCCUUAUUCUACUAAAUUUCUCCAUUUGGGUUUCACUAAGAAAAAAAACUCAAAAUGAUGGUGAGUAAAUAGUGACAGAAUUCUCAAAAUUGUGGGUGGACUAUUUCUUGUUGUCACCAUUUAUGUGCAAUACGGACAGGUUGCCAGUUUGUAAAUUAGUCAUUUCAUUUUAUUUAUACAUACAGAGGCCACACAAAAAUUAUUGCAGACUUCCGACUUAGCGUUUUUGAAAACUAACUUGUUUUAUGUUAUUUUUAGUAAACACCUGCAUAAAUCAACCUGUUUAACCGAUCAGACGAUACCAUUCUACAGGAUGUCUUUAGGUUUUUACAACAACAAAAAUUCCUUUAAAAUCUCUCUUUUUUUUUUUUUAAUACAUAAGCUGUCUGAACCAGUUCCUUGUUCCUCUUUUUCUGCAUUAUAUAAUGACAUUAUUCUCUCUCAUAUUGAUAUACAGUUAAUACAUAAGGUUGCAGUUAAAAGUUUUAUUAACGUUAUUGAUGCAAGCUGUAAAGCUGGAUGGACAAACGGUCUUAUUCUUUGUUUAAUAUAGAUAUUUGCAAUAUAAAUGCUAGCUGCUGUUUGAAAUUCAAAUUGACUUUGAUCAUAGCUGACAGUGUAUUGACUUAAUAGCGAUGUUCAUAACCUUUUACUGUCCUGUUCGCAUCUCAGAUGAAUAAGGUACCUUUGUUGUCUGUACUAAAUAAACCUGUGCCUCCUCCAGAUAUUCAUUUGUAAAUGUAACACCAUCUGUUUCUUCCUUUAAAUCACUAAUGAGUCAAAUGAA